AAAGUUUUCUCCCGUUUCGGUUUCUUUCUGGCGGCGUCGCGCGCGGUUUUUGUCUCUGCAUCUGUAUCGCGGAGAGAAGAGUGCAGAACGAAGCAGGAAUUCAUUUUUUUUUGUGUGCAAACGGGACCCCUGAAAAAGGAUCAAGUUACGUGCAUCAGAGAUCUCGAAAAGUGCAGAUGUUCUGUGAGUUUCGAUAGCUGUCCACUCCCAUUCCAGGGGUCAGCUUGGGACCCUUUGCUCGGGUUGCCAUUGGUGACGACCGAACAUAGCAAUCGGUUGUUGGCAUCGAUCAUCAAAGCCUACUACUACUACGCGAUCUGACCCCCAUUGUUGCUGCGUUGUGCACAAAAGUCGUGAUCGUUUUCCUCUUCUGUCUCUGUGUUUGUGCGUGUCGUUGAAACACGCGACCCCGUGUGCCGUCGUCGUUUUGCUACCGUUUUUUUUACGAAACCGAAGGGCGUGUGUGACGGACGGGAGAUGCAUUGAACUACCACCAUCAACAUAUCAUAGCAGGGUGAUCAAUAGCAGGGUGAUAAAAAGGCCACUCCGGCUAAGGGCUUUUUGUCUUGUAUGUAUGUGGAUGGAUGGAUGGACAUUGGUUAUCCAGUGAGUAGAGCUGAGUAGCAACCGAAUGCUAAUUGAUUGCUGAAUGUGUGCCCAUGGUUUAGCCGAUUAGCACUCACCCGAUCGAUCGCAGCAUCAGCAGCACCGCGCCCGAGGGAGAAAGUUUGGAAGAUUUUUUGAGAGCGGCACCAGUUGUUGUCUACGGCGGCUACCUCAGAUCUGACUGCCAGCUGUUGCAAGUUUGUUCGGAAAGAAGCCCCACGUUCCAGGAAAUGGGACUUGCCCAAAGUUUUCUACCUGGAGAAGCCAGCGGUGAAGAUGAUGGACGCGAAUUAAGGGAGUGAAAUUAGUGCCAAGUUCGAAUAAAAAAAUAAAAAGGAAGAGAUCUGAUCCGUGUCUGGAAUCUGCGCGAAAGGGUUUAAGGCAAGCAGCAGCAAAGUGAGUGAGUGAGUGAGAGAAGCAAAGCGAAAGAAGAAACAAGGUAGGCUGUGUAUAGGUUCCAAGUUCCAGACCGCAACAACAACAGCUUGCUUUGCUUGUGCUUAGAAGAGUGAUCUGGGCAACAAACUCCGAACCAGGCUGCGAGGAAAAGAGGCAUCGAAGCAAGCCAGCAGGAGCAGUAAGGAAGCAAGUAGAAGAAAAAAUAUGGCUGGCUUGUGCUGACGUACUCCUGGCAAGAAAGAACCAUAACCUCAAAAACCGUCGUGCCAAUGAACAACCCGUCCAGAUCUACCCAAUGAAGAAGCUAAAGCAACAGAACAAGAAACAUCAGAAACACGCUCAAUCGCACUCCUCGCCCUAUGUCGAUCCGUCCGGCAAUGUCCCGAUCCCAGGCUGCUGUCAGCUUCCGACCGCCGGGUGUCCGGGUUGCUACUCUCACUACCCCAAUCCGGCGGCCUCCUGCCACAUCUCCUACCUGAGCGGUGGCUGCUCCUGCCUCCAACAUCAACACCAGCAGAUAUACCAAAACUCCUCCCAUCGGAAUGAGUACCACCGGGGGGGAUUCCACUCCGGACCAUCCUCCUCCUCCUCCUCCUCCUCGUUGGCGCCUCCGCCGUCCAUCACGAAACCGACCAACAUCGUCGCCACCAUGGAGCUCUUUGAACCGCGAGCUUCCACGUCCUCCGGUCCGCAUCAGGAUUACUCAUAUGCCUAUUACGAACCGGGCGCUGCCUUGCGACACUCGAACAUUCCGUCCUAUAUGUUCGAUCAUGGUGGCACCUCCGCAGGAGGUGGUCCUUCCGGACAACAACGAACGCCCGGAACCAGUAGUGGUGGAAGCAGUUCGAUGCGAGCCCUCAUUGCCCUUGGAGGAAGUGGCCAACGAAAUCGAUUGUACGGAGGACGACGCGGUGGAUCCGUGAGCCGUUUUCCCGGAUCGCCCUGUGAGAACAUCUACGAAGAGAUCAUCCACGAGGAAAACGAAGCUGCAGCCGGUGCGCCGAUGGCAUCGUCGUCGUCGUCGUCCUACGGAGGGCCUUCGUCGAGUGGCCGCUUGUCGCUGAUGUCGCUGAAUCAGAACGUCAUAGUCGAGGAGGAGUUCCGUCAGGUACAGAACUGUCACCGGAAGGUCCUCGGAGAGUUGAACCUGUCGGUUGAGGCGAUGCUAAUGCCGGGCAAUGGGAGGGGCCAGGAAGACGACUACCAGCGAGGUGUCGUGAACUAUAGGCGAAAGUCGUACGGGAUGGGGCAGAGUACGGAUUUGGAUAGUGGAUUCUCCGGAAGUAGCGGAAGCACCAGCUAUAUCGGGAAUCUGAGAGCUAGAAAGACGGAAGCGAGAAUGCUAUCGCUUCAGCAGCAGAGUCAUCAUCAGUCGAUGAUGCUGUUCGAAGGAAUGGGGCAGGAGGACACACGCAGCAUAGCCAGUUCCAACUCGAUGGAUCGGUCCAGUGGGGGCGGAUCGGUCAAAGCGCUUUGCAAGGGGAAGAACUUGAGCAAGUUGUUCAGUGGAAGUACGCGAUCGUUGAAGAAAAUGCUGGAAUCGGCGGAUGGGUCUCGGAAAGGGACGCAUUCGACGCCGAGUUCGCCAACGUUCGUCAAGUCGAACAAGGUUGGCUUUUGGUCCAAGAAAAGUUGGACCAAGAAGCUGUCGUCCAGCGGUGCGUUGCAUCGGAGUUUUGAUGAAGAUGAGACAAAGCCAUACCAAACGGCCGAUAGCUCGUGGGAUAGUUCUUUGUCGCGAACCACAAUCGAACCGCUGCCUCCCACGGGGAAUCAGCAGAAGCACCACCAACGGCAACUGAGUACCAACACCACCACCACCACCACCACCGCGGAUGCCGUCGAUUUCCAUCCGCAGUUGAUCCCAUACCCGUCGGAACGUAGCAACAAACUCGAUUACAAACCGUCGACCCGGACGGUCAGCUCCGAGGACAGUUGCUACUCGGAGGAUCGGUACAUUUCCUCGGACGAGGACGACGACGACGACGAAGACGAGGAGGACGAAAUCGAUCUAGACGAGAACGACAUCCGAGAGGAGUACCUUCGUCGCGGGAAACAACGCAAUCGCCGUAACAACCUUCAUCAGGAACAACCACCAAAGAACUCAACGCCAAAGGAACCAGCCGGACUCGAGGAACAGCAACAGUCCGUCAUCGGAGGAGGAGGCGAUCGAAGGCGCAGCAUCACCCAACUGCAGAAUACUCUCAACAAGGCCAAGGCUCAUCUUUCGUUCGAUAAAUGGAAAAGUCACCACGGCGGUGGUGGCAGCAGCAGCAGCAGCAACAGUGUGUCCCUUCCGUUGCAUCAGCAGGUGGCCGCUGCUGGUGGAGGCGCUGGCGGUAAUGUCCACCUGAUUGCCGAUCUCGUCAACAACAACAGCAGCAGCAGCAGCAACCAUAGCAACAAUCGCGGCUCGGUGCACGCAUCUGCAAUGUCAGCCACGGCGGCGUCCGCUACAUCCUCACCCGUUCCACCGGCGGGCAUGAGUCCCGGAUCGGCUUCCCUAGCGACGGCAGCGACCGCCUCGCCCAGUUCUACCAACUCCUCACCUUCCAUCUCGUCGGAACCCUUCUCACGACUAUCGCGCUGGUUCUCGAUACGUCGUGGCUCCAUGAACCAGUACGAUGUGAAAGGCCACAAUUCGACGGCGACGACGACGACGACGCAUUCCUCUUCUGCUGGCGGAAAGGAAAACCGUCGCAACAGCAUCGACCAUGUCGAUUCGACGGGGUCACUGUUUGGAGCUAAGUUCGAUGGCGGGAAGCUGGCGAUGAACAAGGUACUCGAAGCGGACGAAGAUCCCUUCCAGUUGGCGCUGGACAGCUUCGCAAUGACCCGAGGUGCUGGCACGGAACCGAAAACUGCCGAAAGAAGACACAUCCCAGUAGCACUGCCACCGGCGCCAUCCGGACUGAACCAGCAAGAGCUCAAACGGAGACACAUCGUAGCGGCCAUCAUCCACAGUGAAAACUCCUACGUGUCUUCGUUGCAACGAUUGGUUAAUGAGUACAAACGGCCCCUCGAAGAAAGCAACCCACCCGUUCUGAACCCGUCGAAAACUGCCAUACUUUUCCAUCGUCUGCCGGAGAUCCUUCAACUGCACACCCUCUUCCGAAUAUCCCUGGCCGACUACAUCCAAAGUUGGGACACGGAGGAGAAGAUCGGCGACGUUUUCGUUGCCACCUUCAGCAAAUCCCUGGUCCUGGACGUCUACAGCGGUUUCAUCAACAACUUCUCGAUCGCCAUGGACCUAGCGCGGAUGGAAGCGAAACGGAAAUCUGCCCUGUCGGACUUUUUCAAAGUCAAACAAAUCUCCGCCCACGAUCGGUUGUCCUUUUUCGGGCUGAUGGUUAAGCCGGUCCAGCGGUUUCCCCAGUUCAUCCUCUUCCUGCAAGAUCUGCUCAAAUAUACCCCGCAAGGGCAUCACGACCGGAUGUCCCUGCAGCUUGCGCUGACCCAGCUCGAAUCCCUGGCGGAAAUGCUGAACGAGCGCAAGCGGGAAGCCGAACAAUUCCAAGCCUUCAAAGAAAUGCUGGAGAACAUCAGCGGCACGUUCAACAUCCGAUCGCUAGUCUCCGGAGGAACGUCCGACAAUACCAUCAACAGCACAACCACUCGCUACUUGCUGCGGGAGGACAACGUGACCCAGUUGGAGUUCAACCAAUCCGGAUCCGUGGUCAAGAGCAAGAAGCGACGGUUGCUGCUGCUGAACGACAAGGUGCUGUGCGUUUCGGUUGCCCCCAAGCAGUCGCACGAGUUUGGAUCGUCGGAAAAGCUGACUUUCAAGUGGAUGCAUCCGGUGCAGGACGUGGAGAUUGUCGAUAACAACCAGUCGAUUACGCUCUCGAGGAUACUGACGGCAGGAAUGAAACGUGGCAACAGUCUCAAGUCCAACUCCAGUUUCGAUUCACCCUACCUGGCGCCGGGGACGCUUCCGGGGGGAAUGAACGCCAUGAACAACACCAGCUGUUCCACCAUGAACAGUUCGUUCGGUGGCGGAACCCUCCCGGGCACGGCCGGCAGCAGCGACGCGGACAAUCUGUGCAACGAGAUGAACGACCUGAUGCACGACUACGAGGUCAUGUCGAGGAUCAACGAUCUGGUCGGGUCGCUCAAGGGGUCCUACAAGGAGAUCAACCUAGGCGUCACCAAGUCGAUCCUGGCGGAUAUUCAAGCGUCAAUACAAAAAAAGGACGAAGAAAUUCUCUGGGUGGACUCGUGUUGCCUGCAGUUGGUGCUGAAGAAUGCCGCCAAGGGUGGCAAGGAGGACAUCACCUAUACAUUCCAAAUCGAGAACCCCGUGGUCAAGAAGGACUGGAUCACGGAACUGCGGCUGGCGCAGCUGGCCCUGGAUCCGAACAAUUCGCCCGCCUGGCAGAUGGGUGCCGAACAUGAGCAACGAUACUCCCUGGCCAAGAUGCCACUGUUCGUCAAGGCCUAUCCGGCGUUCAAGUCGCAGCAUCAAACCGAGGUCUGCUGCGGAUGCUAUUUCUCAUCGAACCUGGCAUCGUCCGGGGCGUAUCGUUUGAAGCCAUCGGCGCGGAAGCGCUCCAAGCACUCCAACACGCUGUGGAUCUGCUCGACGGACAAGAUCAACAGCCACGUGACGAUCCUGUCGCACAACAGCGCCCAGCACCAGAGCAACGGAGGCUUCGGCGAGGUGGCGCGGUUCAGUCUGAACGAAACCAUCGUCACCUGUAUGGAGUACGUCAAGGAGGGUGGGUUGAUUACCGGAGAUGACACCGGGGCGGACUCCAUCUGGAUGGGUACGAACAACCAUCGGGUGUUGAUCUACUCGGCCAGCUAUCCGAUCAACGACGAGCAGCUGGUGAAUCUUUCGCUGCCGGGAGUUCCUAGUCAGAUACUGUACUUCAACGAGAGGGUCUACGUGGGGAUGACCAACGGGAGCGUGUUGGUGUUUAGCCGGACGGAGGUGGGCAUUUGGAGCCUGAAUAGUCCGAAGAUAUUGGCGGUGCAGAGCGAACCCAUCACCAGUCUGCUGGCGAUCAAUAGCAGCGUGUACUUCGCGGCCGGAAAGUUCGUCCACGUGAUCAACGGAAGGACCAACGAGGUGGAGAAGAACUUCCACAUCAAGCACACGAAUUCGGCGAACGUCAGUGCGAACGUGAAUUUGCUGGCGCAUUCCGGAAUCGGAUUGUGGAUUUCGCUGAAAAAUUCCAGCAUAAUCUGCCUGUACCAUACGGAGACGUUCAAGCACCUGCAGGACAUCAACAUCGCCUCGAACGUCCUGCGGGUGACGUCAUCGCAUCAGAAUCCGUCGCGGGAAUCCAACUCGUCGAUUCAGGUGACGGCCCUGAUGGCGGCCAAGGGUAUGCUGUGGGUGGGAACGAACGUGGGAAUCACGUUGACCAUUCCGUUGCCACGGUUGGAAGGCGUUCCGAUCGUCAGCGGUGGGGUGAACAUUUCCUACCAUGCUCAUCUGGGGCCGGUGACGUUCCUGUUACCGUUGGUGACCAGGUCCUACCACCCGGUGAGUCAUCAGACGCAAGGUGUGAAGAUCGUUGAGGCAGCGGUGGCAGCGGAGGGAAAACAAGAAACGAAGGAAGAUUCGCGAACGGCUGAAGCGACGGACAAGCAGGGACUGGAGAAGGAGAAGGAAACCACGGCAUUGAAGGAGCAGAUUUGCUCCAGUCCGGUGAUUUUGAGGAGAAAGAAGCAACCUCCGAUGGAUUGCGGUCGAAUGGCCAAAACUCUUCCGAGGAAUCUCCGGACCAGUAGCGGAGCCUUCUCGCCAUCGAUCCAUUCGACACUGUCCUCGUCUUCGCAGUAUUCCGAUCAGGGGUGCGACGUGUACGGUCUGUACGGGGAUUUGAUCUUCGUCAAGGAAGACCUGGAGAACCAAGAAGAUCGGAACAUUCUGGAUCCAAGCUACGACUACCUUCGCCGAAGUGAUCCGGACAUUGCAGCCAUACCGGCUAAGGUGUCUACCCUGGAUCGACGGCUUCGGAUGAAGGUCAGCCGACCACGGUCGCUGGACUUGUCCAACUGGUCCAUGGAGUCGCGAUCGUCCAGUGUCUAUACCUCGUCCGGAAGUGACGAGAACGUGGGCGGUCGUAGCGGAGCUGGCAGUAAGAACGUCUCCCGGAACAGCUCUAGCGCUAGUCACAAAAUGAACAACUCCGAUCUGCAUAACAUCAACGAGAAUGAGGUAGCUAUGCAUCUGAAACCGCCGGACUCGGUUCCGGUGGCCAAAGAAUCGCUGACGGUGGAACUGGACAAGUUCUCCACUCCUGUCUCCUCCAACGCUACCACCACCAACACGACCAAACGGAAGAAGCUUCAAUCGAUGAAUGGUGGAACCGGAGGUGCCUCGGGAGGGGACGCUUCCAAUGGCGGCGCGAGUGCCGCCCGCCGGACCAUCCUAACCCUGACGGGAGGCCGCGGAUACGUCAACUGGAGACACAUCUGGGAACGAACCGGCCCGAUGGAUGGAGGCAAAUCGGCCACCAGCUCCCCGCAGAACCAUCAUCAUCAUCAUCACCACCAACGGACCGGUUCCGUCACGUCCCUGGCCGGCCUGGGACACACCAACUCGACCGAUGCUCACCUCGUCAUCUGGGAGAAGAAGCUGUAAGGUUUUCUUUCUUCGUUUACGUUUUUUCUGAUAGCUUUAAAGGAGAUUACAGUUUUCUACACUUAUUGGUGGUGUGCGUGCGGCCUUCGAGUGUACAUAUUCGGAACUUUAGGAAAGUAAUCCCAGUGAACUGGCGACGUGCUAACUGCAAAAAAAAAAUACCUGUUUAUAGGGCAAAUGUGAUAAGACUAUAUUUCUCGUUGUACACAUUUCGAUUUACGCAUUCUCACUUGUCACGGUAAGGCUAAAGUUAGAUUUUUCCCCCCUUUCGCAAUUGGUUAGAAAACAGAGAGAUAGAUGUAUAUUUAUGUUUUUUUUUUUAAUGAAGAAAAUUGGCAUACAACACAGAGCAGCAAACAUUAGGGAUUUGUUAGUUGCGUAGAACGAAAACGUAUCAAAGAAGAACAUGAAUUCAACUGCGUUCUCCACUGUUUAUUAAGUUCAUGUUUCAUACAAUAUUUUCGAACUCACACUCACACAAGGCUAACUCUUUUUUUUAUUUCCUUUAGUGUAUUCGUAUUUAUUGUUACUCACAUCAAACAGUAGGCCAUCGUUGUUACUCGAAAGAUUUCCCUUCCAACUCACACCAGCAAAAUAAUAAUAACAACAACAGUUAAUUUCAACAACGAAGCGAUCGUACUCUUCUACACACAAACAUUCACUCACACACACAAACAUACAGAAGUUAAACGUUCAAUCUUUCAGUCAGGUAGUAUCUAUGGUUCUUAGGGGAAAACAAAAGUUGUGUUUAAAGUUUGCAUUUAGUACAAAAAAAAAAGUUAUGAAUAUUUACGUUGGUUUUUUACUUAAGGGAUUUGUACAGAACUUUCUACACACAGACACACAAAGUCACACACGCCCGCAGCCAGUAUAAGAGGUAAAUAUCGAAUCCAACUGCAGGAAGUGAAUUUUGAAUCCGAAUCGAACCUAGUGCGAGAUAGUUAGAGAAAGAGAGAGACGGAGGAUUUACUGUAUAGGCAGAAUUCUGUGAAGAGAAAAUAAGGUUUCGUUAGUUUAGCUUACUAGUUAUUAUUAUUGUUCUAAACUCUAGACACCCCCCCCCCAUUCAGCUUUCCAUCACUCUGUAACCUGCCUUGUUUCAUUACGCCUGCAAAGGAAAAGAAAAUAACACAUUCUCACACAUUCAUCAAUUUCUUGUACAAUUUCUCCCUGUCUUCAAACUCGUUUCAUUCCUUCUCUAAGAUCUGAUCAUAUUCUAAAGAACACAAAAAAAAAACCGAAAA